CUGUUUAAGCAAUGAUCAUAAAUCUUUUCUUGACUGGUUUUCUCUUUAAGCAAUAUAAAAACCUUUCACACUGUAAAUCAAAACACACACAACAAAAAAAAAAAGAAAACAAAAAAAACUUGUGAGUCUCUUUCAAGUAGAGCGCCUCUCAUGGCUAUACCCCACUCUACUUUUGAGUGUUAAAAUUUUGAGAUAUCUUCUCUAAAGCCGCCUCUCUUUCUUCUUCUUCUUUUUUUUUUUUUCUUCUUUUCUUCUCCUUCUUCAUUUCUCUCUUUUUUUUACUUCUCCUCAAAUUUUGAUGAAAACCCUAUAUAAAAAUAAUUAUGUUGUUGUCAUGAUGAUUUUUUAACUUUUUGUGUUCAUCUCUUGUGUUGUUGUGGAUCAGAGAGAAGAAGCAUGGGAAAAGGAGUACUGCUGCUAUCAUCAUCAUCUUCUUCUUUUAUGCAGAGAUUUGAAGUCAUACAUCUCUGAUUGUCUUCUUCUUUUUUUUAGUGAGGUGGUGUUUUUUGCAGUAAGUGCACUAAAACCAACAAAUUAAAAUCUCUUUCUCUCUCUCUCCAUAUCUCUGUCCUUUCUUCUUCUUGUUCUCUUGCUUUAUUCCAUUUGUUAUCUUAGCUGUUUAAAGCAAAAAAUAAAUUAAUGGAUUCUGGAAACAACAGUUCUGGUCUGCAGUCAUCAAGUACUGGCGGCGGUGGUGGUGGUGGUGGCGGUGGUGGUGGUGGUGGUGAUGAAGAGUACAAUUCACGUGCUGCUUCACAAACCUUUUCAUCAUCUUUUCACACACAAAAUUCCUCAUCUUCCUCCAUAUUGGACCCCUUUAUCAACUUUUUCGACCACGUAUCCCACCCCCGCCCCCAACCACCACAGAACAGCACAGCCACCCCAAUUUCAAUUUACGAUCUUCAGUUCCAUUUGAACAAUAGAAGGACAAGAACCGAUCAAACCAACAACCUGAUGUCUGAGUUUAAUAAUUCCUUAAUUUUUGAUACUACUACUGGUAGUAUUACUUUCCCACCGACAUCACAGCAACACGACGCCGGUGAUGGAAAUGUAAGUGCUAUUACUGUUACCGAACAGUCGGCAGGUGCAGCGGAUCCAUCAAUUGCCGAACAGGCACGGAAUCCGAAGAAAAGAUCGAGAGCUUCGAGGAAGGCACCAACUACUGUGUUGACAACAGAUGCAAAUAAUUUCAGAGCUAUGGUUCAAGAAUUUACAGGGAUUCCAGGACCACCCUUUGCUGCUCCUCCUAUUAUCCCUAUUCGAAACAGAUUUGAUUUGUUUCCUACUGUGCCUAAUUCUGUUGCUCCUACUCCUAUCGCCAAUAAUAAUACUUUCCUCAUUUCACAACCAUCGCCUAAUUAUCUACAAAGGCCUUUUCCUCAGACAAUUCAGCCGCCACCACCCUAUCUUGGUCCUUCUUCAUCGUCAGCGUCUGCGUUCAAUCGUUUACCUAUCAACAUGGCUUCUGCUUCAUCAGCAUCUACUAGUGCUACUCAUUCUGCUUUUAACUAUCAACUUCCCAGCGGAGUGGCACAUCCUUUACCUAUCAACAUUGCUUCUGCUCCAUCAACAUCUACGAGUGCUACUCGUCAUUCUGCUUUUAACUAUCAGAUUCCCAUCGGAGUUGCUAAUUCUGUAGCACAUCGAGGUUUACCUAUCAACAUUGCUUCUGCUCCAUCAACAUCUACUAGUGCUACUCAUCAUUCUGCUUUUAACUAUCAGAUUCCCAACGGAGUUGCUAAUUCUGUAGCACAUCGAGGUUUACCUAUCAACAUGGCUUCUGCUCCAUCAACAUCUACAGGUGCUACUCAGUCUGCUAUGAACUAUCAACUUUCCAGCGGAGUUGCUAAUUCCGUGGCACGUCGUUUACCUAUCAACAUUGCUUCUGCUCCAUCAACAUCUACCGGUGCUACUCGUUCCGCUAUUAACUAUCAACUUUCCAGCGGAGUUGCUAAUGCUGUAGCACAUCGAGGUUUACCUAUCAACAUUGCUUCUGCUCCAUCAACAUCUACAGGUGCUACUCAUUCCGCUAUUAACCAUCAACUUUCCAGCGGAGUUGCUAAUUUACCUAUCAACAUUGCUUCUGCUCCAUCAGCAUCUACUAGUGCUGCUCAUUCUGCUACUAACUAUCAACUUCCCAGUGAAGUUGCCAAUUCUGUGGCACAUGGUUCUAAUAAUUUCAAUUCAGUUCAACACAACUCAAUCUUCACAUCACUUCUUCAAUGCUCACAAAAAUACCAAUUUGGGUCGAAAGAACCACAACCAUUCCAAAUGCCAUCAAAUAACAUUGUCUCCCAGUUCCAAAUGCCAUCAAAUAGCAUUUCUCAAUUCCAAAUGACAUCAAGUUUGAACAACAGCACCCAGCAUGGAUAUCUUCUGAGUGAGCUUCCCAAUCUGAUUUCUGAAGAACAAGCAGCAACCACAUCGUCCAUGAACGAGAGCCGUAUCAAUGCAACAAAUUUUCAUGGCGAUAAUUUGCGGGAAGCAGUCAAUGCAACAAAUUUUCAUGGCGAUAAUUUGCAGGAGACAGUGGUUGCAACAAAUUUUCAUGGGGACCAGGUGCAGGAAACAGUGAUUCCAACAGAUUUUGACGGCGAUAAGGUGCAGGAAACAGUGUCCAACAAGGGUGUUGAAGGUAUGGUGGAAUCAUGGCUUCUUUCUACAGAUUAGAAAAAAAGAAGAUUAUAAUUGAAGUCAUGAUUAUGUGAUCAUAACAAUAAUGAAGAGGGUAAAAGAAAAGAGAUUUAGUAAUUAGUGCUAGCUUACAAUCAUGUUCUAUAAAUCAUGAUUUUCCAAAAAAAAAAAAAGAAAAGAAACAAAAGAACUUUAGUUUAAUUUCAUCAAGUGCAGUGUAGAUAAUAAUAUGGGGUAUGGGGAUUGGUUUAAUUUCUUGAAGUAGUUGAUUAUAUGGCUAAUCAUAUACUUGAAAUAGUAGUUUUAGAUUAGCUUUGGGAGAUGAAAUACAAAUAUAAUUAUGAAUGAUGAAAAAAAGUUCUUUUGUUCAUUUUCCUUGUUUUCUUGUUCAUAUUAGUUUAUUAGAAUAUAGUAAAAUGCUCUUACUUUGA